GCGCUUGACAAUCUCCGGAACGCGGAGUCCUCCUGCUUUGGCUGUCCGCUAAGGCUCGUCGUCUUCUUCGACCCAGUCGGCAAUGGGAUCUCUAGCAGGCUCUUCUACAUCAUCGUCGUCGUCCUCGAGUACGAUGGGAGGGAGUCAUGUCCGUACCCGAACCUUGGUAGGUGUCCAAGUGCAUCAAAGUCGCAUCAAAGUCUCAGCUAGUCGGGAAAGGUGGAGUGUGGAGCGUAACAGAAGGAGGCAGUCUAGCACGAGUAUGGUGGGAUUUGAAAGCUGUACAUAUUGAUGAUGAGAAUUGCUGUACCCUAAACAUCGUCGCAAGACGACCACAGUGGAAUCCUCACAUCACCGCCAACAUCUCCAGCACCAGCGCUCACAGCAAUUGAGGUGAAUCGGCAGAGCAUCAUCCGAGAGUCACGUGCAACAUCUUAUCAUCAGCGUAAAGCUUAGACGUCCGCAUAUUGUGAACAGUACAACACCGGCGGCAAGAUUAAGACCAGUGGCCUUGCAGCGCAAAGAGAAUGCGUUCAUCAAGAGAAUGCCCCUCGAGCGGAAGCAUGUUCUCGCAUCGGCAGUAGCAUUCAUCAGUUGGGCAUACAUCUCCGACCUGCUCCCGCCCUUGCGAUUCAUUCCUCACGCCUUCGUUGCUGGCGUUCUCGCAGCACUGCUCGCAACGAUCUACGCCCUCGCAUCGACCGCGCGACCACGGACCGCUUGGAGCAAUGUCCACCGAGAUGCGCCACUCGCGCUUACGUCUGCACAGCCCGGCGUGUGGGAGGAAGAGAAGGCGACGUUGAGGGACCGCGGAGAGUACAGACGGCCGAUCAUCUUUCCCGAGGCCGAGAAGUUCUCAAAGCAGGUAGAUGGCUUGCUGGAUGUGAUCCUGCGCGACUUUGUCACCAGCUGGUAUGGGCAUAUCAGCAAGCGACCGCUGUUCCAGAAUGAGAUUGACCGCUGCAUCCGUUCGGUGCUCCUCUCGGUCACAGCUAGGCUGACUGACCUGGAUCUGGUCGAGCUCGGUGUGGCUCAAGUACUGCCUGUGGUGACAAGUCAUAUGAGAGACUUUUACGAUGCUGAAAGAGCUGUUCGUGGCAAAGCACUUGAACACAACGUGACAGAGAGUGAAGAGCUGAGCAUGGCGAUCGCUGGCAAAUACAGAGGCGGCAGACUACAUUCUGUUGCUUCGCUGUCACAAUCGGAUACCACAGCUUCUUCACAGCAGCAUCUGCGUAGACUUGUUGAGAAGAUCCUCCCCUGCGUCCUUCCGAUGAACAUGAGAUCAAGUUCUGCGGUAACAGUGCUCAUUAGAGAGAUUGUGGCUUGUGCUGUAAUUGGACCCAUGGUGACGAUGCUCGCGGAUCCGGACUUCUGGAAUCAGCAGAUUGUCAGCGUGGGCGGUGCAAUGCUUCAAGACCGCAAGUCUGUCCGCAAGAUGCGUGCUGCACUCGAUCAGCAUGCACCUGCUUCCCCAGGAAAGCCCGGUCGAGGGAGUCAAUUUCCCAGAUUGCGACCAUAUGACAGCGAGCGCCAAUUCGAGCGCUUCGUCAGAGCUAUCAGGCACGUUAGCACCUUGAACGAUGCACGCCUCUUUCGAAGCCAAGUCAGCCUGCAACUUAGGCGAGAUGCGCAAGUCGAAGGUCAAGAUGUAGCGUACAUUCGGCGACUAGAGACUGGGCGAAGAUUGCUCGACCAGAAAAUUGCGUCCUUAUCCGCUGCAGAUGACAGCAGGCCAGCGACAAAAGUCACAACAGCACGAAACGAGGAGUCUUUAUCGCGAAAACGGCAGGCCUCGCUUCGGGAACUGAUAUACGAUGCUGCUGGACUGAGUUACUUUAUGGAGUAUAUGGAUCGUCAGAACCUGAUGCGUCUUGUACAGUUCUAUCUGGUCGUGGACGGGUUUCGCAAUCCUCUCGAAGGGGACAAUGAUGAGCCCCCAGCGUCAUUGGCGGCAGAUCCAGACCGCAUGGACAUUGCGCAAAUGUAUGCCGAGUACUUAUCAAAGCCAGAAAUGCGGGUGCCUCAAGACACCUUGCAGGUUGUGAAGCAAUGUUUGAAGGCUGGGUCGAAAGUUGUCGCGCGAGACUAUCUGGCUGCUCGGCGGGAAGUGCUGCGCAUGCAGACCAGAGUCUACAACACCAUGAAAGAUCAACAUUAUGAAGCUUUCAAGAAGACUGAUCUCUAUUACAAAUGGCUGGCGGUCGAUGACAAACCCACAUUCGGGCCUCUCUUGCACGGAGAGGGCGAGACGGCCAACGGGUCCCGCGGCGCCGAGAGUCCUGCCGUUCAUGUUAGAAGGCCGCAACUGGGAGCAUUACAGAAGGAGCCCGAACUGCGGCGAGCGGUGCUCUCUACAUCAGACCUGAAAACUGUCGGUCGUAGCAGCAGCAUGUUUUCUGACACCACACGGCGAUCUUUAGACGAGGCAAAUGACGGCGGCAGAAAUACAUUGUUCGGCGAAGAUCGCUCUCCACUGUUCGCAGAAGAUGCGGAGGCUGAGAACAUGGUACAAUCGAUUUCCAGCCUGAAGAGCUACGACUCUGAUGGCGACGGCGCAAAGCAUGCUCAAGAAGAGGCCAAAGCAGUCAGAGAGAUGCAAGCUGCACUCGACAACAUUGUCAGUGAUGACCGUGACAAGGCUAGCUUGUUCUCCGAAACCUCCGGCAGACGGUCGCUUGAAGGAGAAGAAAGGCGUGAGUCGCUAGAUUUCAUGAGCCGUUCUGGAACUUCGGGCACAGCUUCUCAAAUUUUGGAUCGCAGCAAACCCAGUCUUUCUUCGCUAGGACUCGUUGGGGGCCCAUCCAACCGAGGCGUGUUCGUGGAUGACUUAUUCGGUCACGAGCAAGAAAAGUUUGCCGAAGAUGAGCGGGAGGAUUCGAACGCUGCGACAGAUGAGGAAGACGAGCGCGUCGAAGAAGCAGCCGCUGGAGAUCUAGGUCUGGCAGAGGCUAUUGACGUUCUCAAUGCAGAUAUCGAAAGGCUCAGCGCUCAGAGAAAUGUUCUUGACUCACUGACUGCCAAAGCGGAGCUCACCAACAACCAGGCUGAAUUGCGAAUCUUGCGAAAAUCGGAACAAAGCUUGCAACGUGAGAUUAGACGCAAAGAGAUGCAAAAGCAGCAAUACAUCGUUCAAGAGAGCGACAACAGUCUUUAUGGGCGGGCGUUGAUCGCGAUUAAGUCUGUCAUGGUCGGCAGAGAGGAGGACGGCCACGAAUAUGCACUUUAUGUCAUCGAGAUUCGUCGACAGGCUGGUGAACAAAUGCCGGCAGCAACAUGGGUUAUCACCCGCCGAUACAGUCAAUUCCACGACCUCCACAAGAGGCUGAAAGCACGAUUUCCGGCAGUGAGAGAGUUAGACUUCCCUCGCCGGCAGACUUUGUUCACUCUGCAGAAGGACUUUCUGCAGAAACGACGAGUUACAUUGGAGAAGUACCUACGAGCUCUUUUGCUGGUCCCUGCAAUCUGUCGAAGCAGAGAACUGCGAGCCUUCUUGUCUCAGUCUGCCAUCGUGAACAACGGUACCGAUGGCACACAAGCUGACGCCAAAGACUUUGUGACACGAAUAUACAACUCAGUCUCGGAUGGCAUGGAAGAGUUCCUUGGAAACAUACCGGUUCUCGACCAAUUGUCAGUCGCAGGUCAAAAUCUCAUCUCAGCUGCUACAUCGCAAAUGAGUGGCUCUUCUCCUGUUGACAGCAUGGAUCCAGCUGUACAAAAUCCUGCUACUGCGACUGAAGCUGAAGCCGAACUGAACGCAUAUGAAACGAAAGAGGUUGAACCUUUCGUAAAGCCCAUCUGCGAUCUAUUCCUGGAAACUUUUGAACUCUCAAAGGGCAACAGCUGGCUUCGUGGUCGUACAGUAGUGGUCGUGCUUCACCAAUUGCUCGGAGGCACUAUUGAGCGGAAAGUCAAGGAAGCAACAAACAGUGCUUUGGAGGACGACAAGCUGGCGGGCUACGUUGAGAAUCUGAAGAAGACCAUGUGGCCGGAUGGCAAGAUGCGGCCACCAACCGUACCGCGUACACCGGCCGAGAAGGCGCGCACCAGGAAGGAAGCGGGUCUUCUACUGGGCGCGCUGAUUCCGGAUAUCGCUGGCAGUGUGGUUGGGCGAGUGAAUGCGCAAGCGGCGAGUCGCAAGAUCGUCGCCAUGUUGAACAAUCCUAGGUUGAAUGUGCACUUGAUCUUCAGCCUGAUAGAUGAGAUCAUUGGCAUCGUCUUCCCGGAAACAGUAGAUAAGUAAUGUUUAUGAGAGCCAACGAAGUCAAUCGAAUUUUUGUGUGUACGUGUAUCGAUCAAGACUUUCUACCGCUUCACAGCUCUCCUCGCAGUUUGCGCGCAACCACAUCUGCCAAUCGUCCAAGUCGCAUGUACCAGUAGAAUCCGCCAUAAGCCGUACAAUUGAGAGUGCUGUCAGCCGUCGAGGAGCUUCCCUAAGGUGUAUGCCAUCAAAACUACCCACCACAUCUCACACGCUCCACCUGGUACUGGAAGUCAUCGGCCAGGAAGCGUUCGAGCGCAAUGUUCUUGAGAUCCUGAGCGUUGACAUCCUCGCCGUGCUCGAUGAGGAGAGAGUAGGCGCGCGCGAGAGACGUGCAAGCGAAGCCCUCCCCGAACCCUCCAUUCAUUCCCACCAUCUUCUCGUCGUGCUGGCGUUC